AUGGUCAAACCAAUUGUCGCACCCAGCAUCCUAGCCUCCGACUUCGCGAAUCUGGGCUGCGAAUGCCAUAGAGUUAUUAAUGCCGGUGCCGACUGGCUCCACAUUGACGUCAUGGACGGCCAUUUCGUGCCAAAUAUUACGCUGGGACAGCCCAUUGUCGCAAGUCUGAGAAAAGCCGUUCCGAGAGCCGGAUUCAAAGAGCGAGAGAGCGAGAGCGGCGCGUCUACUACUACUCCGUCCGCUUUUUUUGACUGUCACAUGAUGGUCGAAAACCCUGAACAAUGGGUCGCCGACUUUGUCAAGUGCGGUGCUGACCAGUUCACGUUCCACUAUGAAGCUACUUCGGACCCGCUAGGUCUCGCCAAGCUCAUAAAAUCGCACGGAAUCCGUGCUGCGUGCGCUAUCAAACCAGGCACCCCAGUUGAUGUUCUGUUCGAGCUCGCUCCACACUUGGACAUGGCUCUCGUCAUGACCGUCGAGCCCGGUUUCGGUGGCCAAAAAUUCAUGCUCGACAUGAUGCCAAAAGUCGAGACUUUGCGCGAAAAAUUUCCCAAUCUUGACAUACAGGUUGACGGUGGCCUGGGCAAAGAGACUAUCCCCCACGCAGCCAAAGCUGGUGCUAAUGUGAUCGUCGCUGGUACCAGCGUUUUCACGGCCUCGGAUCCCGCAGACGUCAUCUCGUUCAUGAAAUCUGAAGUCUCUGCCAGUCUUGAAAAGAGGGGUCUCUUAAAGUGA